AUGUUCGCCUUGGCUUCUUUAUUCUUGGGCCGCACACAGGCGCCAAGCAAGUGGCGUCGACUCGAUGACUCGGCAGACGUCUCCCAAAUCGCUCCUCACCACGGCCAGGACUGGGCGAAUAAUGCUGGGCACAUCGCUUCCCUCCAAUUGCAAGUGCCUUCUGUCGACACCGUUCGAAUGCUUUCCAAUCUUACUACUUAUUGGUUUGGCAUUGGUCAGAGAGAAAGGUCCCAGGCGGGUGCGAAUUUAGUUAUACAGGCAGCACGCGACUUACAAAUGCAAAGCUCACAUCUGCCGAAACCUCAAUCCCGUGAUCUGCGAUGGUCUUGUUUCUGGGCCGACACAAUCUGUCGAUGUUUCGUCCUUGAUGAUAGUUUCGCCAACUCAAAUCAGGAUAUGGAUAUAUCUGAUAUUACCCAACCCUACAACAGGUUUAUCACCAAGGAUGUUGAUAACACGUUGUCGGUCUCACUGGAGACACGGCCAACUCCUGGGCAGGAAGCCUUGUUCAAGGCAUUGGGCCUCUGGCGUGAGGCUAGAGCGUUCAUUCGAAAUCUCAGGUUCAUUUACAAUCUUGCACCCGAGGCGGCUCUGACGGGGAGGUGGGCAGCUCUCUUUGCGUUGGAUAGUAAAAUCAUCUCCUGCUAUUCAUCCUUUCCCACCACACUACGCAACGUUUAUGGGGGUAGCCUCUGUGACUCAGGCGAGGUCCCAGAACUGUUGCUAUCACUUCACGCAGUCUACCACCAGUGUCGAGCUCUGCUCCAUCUUUCCAUGUUCAUGUUCCUACGACAAAACGCCUCAGCACCCCCCGAUUACGUCAACUUAUGCGCCCGUGUCUCGAUGUCCCACCUGAAUAAUUUUGCAGAUGUCGCUACCUGCUUUAUGUCUCUUGCUCCAUUUAACGCCUCGGCAAAUCCACCUUUUAUUGCAUAUUGUGCUUUCUUGACAGCGUCGAUCCAUUUGGCUUCUUUAAAGAUGUUUCAGGGAUCUACCGGAAAUCCACCCUAUACUAGCCCACCUGCGUUGGCUUUAUUGAGGAAACGAGCCCUAUCCAGCCUUCUUGUGCUGCUGCACCUCCAAUCUUAUUGGUCCUCGUGUAAAGAACUGCUUACCGGGUUUCAUUCACAGCUUGACCGUCUUCAACCAUUAUGCUUCCCUGUCCGAAUAUCACCGGCCGAUAUAGAAAAACAUGGCCACGAUCUACGAAAUUCAUCCGAUAUCCUGCCCUCGACCACAAUUCCUGAUGGAACUCCGUUGGCUCCACUACCACCACAUCAAGAAGAACUCGAGAAUAUCAUGAGUCGGCACCUUGCGCAGGUUCUGCAAAUGGUAGACCUAAGCCAUCCGGCCUAUUUUUCAUUUCAAAAUCUACAAUCGUCACAUCAAAUCGCGGGUCAUCCUUCGAUCCUUGAUCAAUCGGCGAACUUCUACCCGCAACCAUACUACACAUGGCAACCCGAACCUGAACCGACACGAAUAUCUCCAAUUCCCGGUCCGCAACCAAUUCCCUACAAUGCUAUAGUCACAGAACCUAUAUAUCCUCAUCACCAUAAGCCACGGAGCUGGAUUCCGGCUCGUCCGGUGGCCUUAGAGUCUACGGGAUUUGAAUACGAUGAGCAGGAUCUUGAAUAG